AUGGUUGCAAUUAAUAAGGGCGGAGAUUGUAUUUCAAAUGAAUAUAUUAAUGGUUCAUCUCAUUUGUGGUGGAAAGGUCAUGAAUACUUGAAAAUGCUCAUGGUUCCUUUUUGUCAAAAUAAACGUGAAAGGUUACAACUUGAUAUAUUUUAUCCAGAAUAUGGUUUCGCGAUCGAAAUGCAAGGAGAACAGCACGAAAAAUUAGAAUUCUUUCAUAGAGGCGAUCCUAAUAAUUUUAUCAAACAGCAAGCUGGGGAUCAACUCAAGAAAGAUUGCCUUUGA